AAUGAAGAAAAGAGAUUUUAAAGUCGUUGUAAUUGGUGAUAGUAUUAAUAUUUUAUUUAAUCAUUAAUCUUAGGUGGAGUUGGCAAAUCAACAUUCAUUUCAGCUCUGAUUAAUGAAAGUCUUAAUAAGGUUACUCAUGUGAAUUAACAUUAACCAAUUCAAUUACCUCCUGAAAUGUUUAAUCAUCCAGAAUGUAAUACAACAUUGAUUGAUACAAAAUGUUAACCUAACUAAAUUCCAGAAUAAGUUAAAAUUGCAGAUGUCAUACUCUUAAUGUACUCAAUAGAUGAUGAUGGUUCAUGUGAAAGAUUAAAGAAGUUCUGGCUCAAAGAAUUGAAAGAAAAGGAGUUUAAAUAGCCAAUCAUUAUAGUAGGCAAUAAACUUGAUUUGAUGGGUGUAGAGGAUGAUAGAGAUUAUUGCAGAAUUUUCAAAGUCAUUAAACAAUUGGUAAAAGAUUUCAGUGUAAUACAUCUAUCUAAUAUAGUAAGUUGAAAUGGGAAUUGAAUGUUCAUCAAUAAAGUUUUAGGGUAUUUAGGAUGUAAUCAAUUGUGCUUAAAGAUCUUAUUUAUACCCUUUAGCUCCUCUGUAUAGUUUAGUAAACAAAACAAUUACAGAAGGAUUCAAAAAAGCAUUGACUCGUAUAUUUAGAAUUUGUGAUCGAGAUGGAGAUGGUGUAUGGAGUGACCAAGAGUUAGAAAGAUUUUAAAAGAAGGUUUUUAAAAGGCAUCUUGAUUAAAGUGAUAUUGCAGGGAUUAAGGAUAUGAUUGAAGAGGAAUUGAAAGAUGAUUCAAAUAAAAAAAAUUAUAUUACUUUGUAAGGUUUUAUGACUCUUUAAAAGAGAGGGAUUGAAUUGAUGAAGGUUUAAAUAAGUUGGACUAUUCUUCGUUUUUUUUAUUAUAAAGAUGAUUUAACAUUAGAUGAAUCUCUAUUUUAAGAUGAGUAUUUAUUAUACUUUAAACUUUAGAUUAAUAUUUGAUUAAGAAGCUGGACAAACUGUUGAAUUAAGUGAUAUUGCUUAAUAAAAACUGAAAUCAAUUUUUUAAUAAUUUGGAUAAACUCUUACACAAGCUUAAUUUGAUUAUAUAUUCUAUCCAGUAAUGUAUUAAACUAGUUUUCCACUUCUGUAAUAAUAUCACCCACAAUCAUAAGAUAUUAAUUUAACUUAAUGGUUGGCAUUGUGGAAGUAUUAUUAAAAUUUUAUUUUAUUUUAGUGCAUUUUCUUUUUUUAAUUACAAAGAUGCUUAUAAAUUAUUAAGUUAUAUUGGAAUUGAUAUUAAAAUGUCAGAUGCAUUCAAAGAACAAAAUAAAAAAGACUCAUGGUCUUCUGUCUAAAAAAUCAUAGAGAGAAGAGUUUUUCAUAUAGCUAUUAUUACUAAAAAUAAAUAAGUAAUUAAUUUUUUAUGUUAUUUAGAAAAUCUUAGAAGGAUAAUUCAAUAAUAUAUCACCCAGAAUAACAACAAUAAACUCUAAGACUUAUGUGAUAAGCAUUUAUGAUGAAUUAUAAGCAGAAUAACAAAUUGAAAAAAGGAGAUUGAGUAUAAUUGAUUUCUUAAUGAUUGAACCAUCUUGUAGUUUUUAAACAGUUUAACUUAUUCCUAUUACAUUUUUUUAUGACAAAAUUUCAGUGUGGAAUUAAGUUUACAAAAUUAUAGAAGUUUUAAAUUCAUAGUAAAAUAUAAUAUUAUUAUUAAGAACUUUUGGGUAUUCGGAAGUCCAAAUUUAAUAAUUAAAAUAAAAAAAUAGUUUUUCUAUAAUUUCAUUUACAAGUGGAAUUGUUGUUCUAAUAGGUUUAAUAAGUGGUGGAUAUUAUUAUUUCCGUUAUAAGCCAUUUAAAAAAACGAAAUGA